AUUCUUUCCUUGGUUGAUGAAACUCGAUCGAUUUGAUAAAACCCAGAUCAAAUCUGUUGACAUUUUUCCAAAUUUCGAUGCUUUUUUGAGAUUGGGUUUCUCUUUCUUUUGAAUUAACUUAUCAGUUUCAGCGUUGCGCAGUUUUGUCCACAAAGUGUUUGUUGAAAUUCCUGAGAGAGAGAAGCUGGAAAUUGGGAAUUCCGUAAGAAAAUGAGAGAUUUUCCUUCUUGCUCCGGUGAAAAUGGCGUCCAGAUUGCGGAUUCUUCGUCUUCCUCGAGCGCUGGUAGAAAUGCUCAGAAUUUGGUCAUUUGCAUCUACCGAUGCCGCAUCCGAGGUAGGACUUGUAUGAUCACAGUCACAUGGACUAAGAAUCUGAUGGGUCAGUGUGUUACCGUGGGAGUUGAUGAUUCUUGCAACCGAAGUCUGUGUAAAGUUGAGAUUAAGCCGUGGCUCUUCACUAAACGAAAAGGGUCCAAGAAUCUAGAGGCGUAUGCCUGUAGUAUCGAUGUUUUCUGGGAUCUCUCGUCGGCUAAAUUCGGAUCCAGCCCUGAACCUUUAGGAGGGUUCUAUGUUGGAAUUGUUGUCGACAAAGAAAUGGUUCUUCUUCUUGGUGAUAUGAAGAAAGAGGCUUUUAAAAAGACGAAUGCUGCACCUUCUUCAUCUCUAGGUGCUGUGUUCAUUGCCAAGAAAGAGCAUGUCUUUGGCAAGAGAACGUUUUCAACUAAAGCUCAGUUUUCAGGUGAUGGCAAAACUCAUGAUCUUGUGAUCGAAUGUGACACCAGUAUCAGUGAUCCUUGUCUCAUUGUUCGUGUUGAUGGAAAGACCUUGAUGCAAGUGCAGCGGCUUCAUUGGAAGUUCCGUGGCAAUGAUACCAUAAUUGUCAAUAGGAUCUCUGUGGAAGUCCUCUGGGAUGUUCACAGUUGGUUUUUUGGGAUGCCAUCAUCACCAGGAAAUGCCGUGUUUAUGUUCAGGACUUGUCAAUCUGUUGAAAAGACCUGGUCUUUCACGCAGGUCCCCACAAGCUCGAAAUCUCAAAGUUUUGGGUUUUCAUUGAUUCUUAGCACCAUGCCACCUGGACCCCACUCCAACGUACCGUACCGGAAACCGGUUAAGACCCGAAUGUUGGAUUCUCCAGUUUUUCAAUAUAUUAAUGAACUCUCCCCAAUAGAGCCAGUAAAGCCAGCACGCCCAGAGAAUAUCUUGAACUCACUGGCUUUUACAUCUCCAUCAUCUCUAUUUAGUUCCCCGCAGUUAACCUCGUACCGAGAUUCCAGAUUUUCCAUCAAAAGGCAUCGUUCUCUAGAUCUAUCUAGUCCACUAGUUCUCAUUGGUGAGACUGUAAAAAACUCACCAGAUGCUCAGGAAGGUGUUAAGAUAUCUGAUCUAUGUGAGGAGCAGCUAAAGUGUAGACCUGAGCAGUUGGAAAAUGUUGCUGAAACCAAGUCAUUUAAGGAGCAGAUAAGCUUAGCAAUUGAGUUGGCGAAUUCAUUGAAACAGGCAAGGGAUGGAUGUGAUACUCAAAUGAUUUCUUGUGAUGAAGUACCAAUGGAUGCUGAAAAUGAAUUAGGAGGCUGUGGUGGAUCGAGAGAGCUGUCUGACGAGUUAUGUAGACACCCUAUUGAUCCACGUGACUUUGAUGAUGAUUCAGAUGGAGUACAUCAAACUGAAGAAAUGGAAGCUGAGAGUGGUUUUGGUCCAGAAGUAAUAAUGUUUGAUGUUGCUGGUAUCCAGAACAAUGAGCAACAGAUUCCAAGGACCGCAGAUCCUAGAUUUUAUUCUCUUGCUUCUGUGCCUCAGCAGUUUUCUAUCCUUUGUAAUAACUCAGCGAAUGUACUUGAGCCUGGAGGUUCUUGCAGUGUACAAGUUGCAGCUGGAGCUCCAGACAUUACUCUCAGCAGUUCCUCCAAAGUAGCAGCUAUUGUUUCAACUGCUGAAGCUGAAGACAAGGAAGAUAAAGACUUACAGCCCAGUCGCAAGCAACAAAGUGUAAGCAGGCGCUGCUUGACCUUUGACAUGGGAGGGUCUCACAAAAGGAUACCUUUGCGUGAUUCUACAAAUGAUCUUCCUCUUGAUUCUACCUCUAUCAACAAACCUCCUAGUCCACGAAAGUGUUUAGACACCUGUAAACAUGAUACUGAUGAGAUUCUACCCAUACCACGAACAAUUGGCCUGCACUUGAAUGGUUUCGUGAACCCCUCAGUCUCAAGUGGCCGAAAAAAAAACAAAAUCAAAGAUGGUCGGGUUUUUCCUCCUACAACAUUUCAUCAUAAUAAUGAAGAUGAAUUCUCAACUCCUGUCUCCACAAAAAGAGAUUUGGUAUUCAGUGAUGUCAAAAUCAUGGAGGCUCCUGAGAGAUCAAUGGAAGGAGAAUGUAUUGACCAACACAUGGCGAUAGAGAACAGGCAAUUGGCUCAAGGACUUGACAAACUUGGCAGCUGUAAGCGCUGUAAAUGUAAGAAAUCACAAUGCUUGAAGCUGUAUUGUGAAUGUUUUGCUGCUGGUCUAUACUGUGUUGAACCUUGUUCAUGUCAAAAUUGUUUCAAUAAGCCCAUUCAUGAAGACCUGGUUAUGAAAAGUCGUGAAGUGAUUGAAGCUCGCAACCCAUUAGCUUUUGCUCCAAAAGUGGUCUCCACUUCUGAUACUGCUAUAGAUUUAUGGGUCGAGAACAGCAAGACUCCUGCUUCAGCAAGACACACAAGAGGAUGCAACUGCAGGAAAUCCAACUGCUUAAAGAAAUAUUGUGAAUGCAAUUUGAUGGGCGUUCGAUGCUCCUCGAGCUGUAGAUGCAUAGGAUGCAAGAAUGUUUUUGGUCACACAGAUGAGAAAUGUGCGGGAGAAUCUGAUGCAGUAACAAACAAUGAUGAAGCUAAACAUUGUGGUGAUUCAAGGCAAAACGAAGAAACCUCAAACAGUGAGAGAAGGAACCGCUUGUUGCUCCCAGGUUCUGUAGCAUUCCGUUCCUUAACAUCACUGUCUGAACUUUGAGACUGACUACUCAGAAGCACCAUCUGAAGAACCAGGAGAAUCCUGUUAUGUUAUCACCAACGACUCAAUCAAUCAAAACCACUGUGUCUGGUACAGUUGCUCUAUUGGGUUUUGUUUGAUCUAUCUUUAUCUCACUUUGAUCUGUUAUUUCCAAGUAAGUCUAGUUUUGGUGUGUAUAUAUUACAAAUAUAUGUAUUGGAAGAUUUUUGCUUAGGAUGUGAAUGUGUGUUAUCUGUUUUGCUCUGCUAAUCUAGAAUUCUGUAGUGUUUGUUUUUCACUGAAGAAAGUUUUGUAAUGGUG